AUGGCUUCCGUUGUUGUAUGUUCUAAAGUUGUAGUGAUAUCUUCUGUUGUUGUAGAUUCAACAGUUGAAGUGACAGCUGCUGUUGUUGUAGGUUCUACAGUUGAAGUUAUAUCUUCAGUUGUUGUAAGUUUUACAGUAGUUGUGGCAGCUUCGGUUGUUGUAGGUUCCACAGUUGUAGUGAUAGCUUCUGUUGUUGUAGGUUCUACAGUUGUAGUUAUAGCUUCCGUUGUUGUAGGUUCUAUAGUUGAAGUUAUAUCUUCAGUUGUUGUAAGUUCUACAGUAGUAGUGGCAGCUUCGGUUGUUGUUGGUUCUACAUUUGUAGUGAUGGCUUCCGUUGUUGUAUGUUCUAAAGUUGUAGUGAUAUCUUCUGUUGUUGUAGAUUCAACAGUUGUAGUGAUAGCUUCUGUUGUUGUAGGGUCUACAGUUGAAGUUAUAUCUUCAGUUGUUGUAAGUUCUACAGUAGUAGUGGCAGCUUCGGUUGUUGUAGGUUCUACAGUUGUAGUGAUAGCUUCUGUUGUUGUAGGUUCCAAAGUUUUAGUGAUAGCUCCUGUUGUUGUAGGUUCUACAGUUGUAGUGAUAGCUUCUGUUGUUGUAGGUUCUACAGUUGAAGUUAUAUCUUCAGUUGUUGUAAGUUCUACAGUAGUAGUGGCAGCUUCGGUUGUUGUAGAUUCCACAGUUGUAGUGAUAGCUUCUGUUGUUGUAGGUUCUACAGUUGUAGUGAUAGCUUCUGUUGUUGUUCUAGAGUUGUAG